AGAAAUGUAACUAUCCAAUUGGAAUGGACAAUCAGCUGGUUAGCUGUCAUUCUUUUAUUGUUCGUCGUUUACAUGGCUGUAGCCAUCUUUGGAAAUAGUUUGUUCUGUGUCCCAAACCCAAGCAUCUAUUAAACUGUGAUUUGUGAUAUUACCAUUUGUACAAUAAUGCUGCAUUUAAGGCUGCUUUUGGCGACACUUUUGUUCGUCCAUCUGACGCUGGCCGGAGUCGGAGCGACGAAAGCGUCCGACAAGUAUUCGAAGAAAGCAAACGCACUGCCGGACUCGGAAAUCUACGAGCCAGACUUUCGAAACAUUCAGCGUCCCUUUCGAAUGGCUAAACUGAAUCUGGUGUGGUCCAAGGCUCAGCAUCGUCUUACCGAACCGAAACUGAAGUCUCUCUACACGGAACUGAAAAUCCACGAUAAGGAAGAAAUCGCUUGGAAGCAGUUAAACUCGCAGCACAAGGACAAGGAGGGGCUUAAGGAAGCCGAGUUGCGAAAAAAAUUGAUCGGUAUUAUGAGUACCUACGGUUUGCUGGAGCACUUCGAUGAUACUCAGGACCCGGAAAAGUACAAACACUACAAGGCUUACUCCGGCAAGGUGGACAACUAUAAAAACAAGAGUUUGUUCAAAGAUAAGAAACUGAACAAGCUAUGGGAGAAGGCAGAAGCUUCCGGUUUCACGAAGGAGGAGUUAGAUGCGCUCAAGGAAGAGUUUGAGCACCAUCAGGAAAAGAUUGAUGUGUACUACAAUCUGCUGGAACAGUUAGGUGAUGACGACGGUAAAGGAGCCAAUGUUCACGAGAAUGCCGUAAAUGAAGAUGAACAGGACCGGUUCAAUGAGAUUGGAACGGCAGAGGAGGACAGUAACGAUAUCAGAGCACAGCAGACGGGUGGAAACAAACAGAAUGCGUAUUUGCACAAGUCCAACCAACUGCGAGAUAAGCAUCGUGAAAUCAGAGAUAAUUUCGAUCGACUGGACCGGAUAGCUUCGAAGGGCCCGAACAGUCAGGAUUUCAUCGAACCGAAAGUGCAGGGUCUUUGGAGGAUCGCCGUUUCAACGAACUUUACAGCGGAUGAACUAGCGUCCCUGAAGGUGGAACUGUUGCACUAUGAAAGUCGACUGCUCAAGCUGCGCCAUAUGCACGCGGAACACGCGCUCAGCAUGGAGAAGCACAAAAACGCGCACCAUGGCGAUAAGGCCGAUACGCACAAAAUGAUGGAGGAAAAUAUCAAAAAGCAAACGCGAAAGGUGGAGAAAAUUCAGGAGGAGGUCGAGAAGCGUAUUUUUAAACAUUCGGAACUUUAGAAGACUGGAAGAAAGGAAUGGAUUUUUUGAUAUGUUGAACAGCUUGGGGUCAAGUAGUUUCAUCCAAAUGUGAGACGGAAACUGUUCUCGAAUUGUAUCGAUCAAAGAUUUACUGUAAUUGUCGUGUUUAGUUUACUAACAUUAUCUGAAAAGAAGCGCAACUUCCAAAUCAAAAGCAUUUAAUAUUGUACGUACCAAAAUGAAAUAAAUAUAUUUUCUCUAAAA